AUGGCCACCGACAUGAAACUCGAGAAACCUGAGACUGUCAUGACAGAAUUGGAGUCAACCCCUGUUGUUGCCAAACCAGUUGAUAACAACGCGGCUUCUGUAAAAGAUGGAAUCCCAUCUGAUUCAACUCCCACCAUUUUGUCAUCUGGGAAUGGCGCUUCUGACACCAAAGUUAAUGGCAGUGCUGCAUCUACCACCGAAAGUGAGGUUGAUCAAGAGCCACAUGCUGCUGCCUAUGCCCCCCUACUAGUAGUUAUAGUUAUCAAUACCCAGAUACGUGAAGUAGUGUAUUUGGUACUCUUUUGGGCAUUUGUUGAAACUGAAAGCUAUGGUGGGUCCUACGCACAAUUGGAUGAUCAUGGUUAUUAUCAAGCAGAUGGUUCUCAUACAGGUAUGCAAUCAGAUAAUGGUUCGAUGGUUUAUUAUUGGCCUGGCUAUCCAUAUGCUUCAGGGGCUGUUGUUGGUGUUGAUGGGCAAAGUGUUGCCCAACAGACAUAUUUUUCUUCCUCUGGAUAUCUACAGCAUCCUGUGUCCUAUGGAUUAGAAUCCGUGCCUUGUUAUUCAUGGGAUUCAACAUAUGCUGGCGAUGUCUCGAAUGGAAAUGCUGGGUUUGAAAAUGGAAAAGGUGGCUCAGGUUCCACUGCUUUUUCCAAGACAAAUGGCUUCAACUCUGUAAAAUCUAAUGGCAACUUUGGCAGCAAAUUUUCCAAGCCUACGUAUACACAACCUGCCAGACCUAUGACCAAGGCUUCUCCUCUGGGCUCAGAUUUUUCAGCAGGCCAUUUUAAGGGAUACCAACCGAUGGGAAAGUUUCCUUCUUUUACUGGCCAAAAACAAGUUCCAUUCUCACACAAUGGUCCAUUGAACUACAGGCAAAAUGGAAGAAUGUGGACUGGGAAUUACAGAAACAAACCAAGAGAAAGAUUCAAUAGAAAUGGUGAUUUUGAAAACCAAACUGAAUUAACUCGUGGUCCUAGGGCAUCCAACAAAAAUGCUCCAUUGGACGCCUCGGUCAAGAAUGACAAGUUGGGAUUCCCAUUGCGUAAAGAUAAAUAUAACUUACCAGAUUUUGAAACUGAGUAUUCUAAAGCUAAGUUUUUUGUUAUCAAAUCUUACAAUGAAGAUGACAUUCACAAGAGCAUUAAAUAUGAUGUAUGGGCUAGCACUCCAAAUGGAAAUAAGAAGCUAGAUGCUGCAUUCCACAAUGCAGAAGAGGUUUCAAGUGAGACUGGCGCCAAAUGUCCAAUUUUCCUCUUUUUUUCAGUAAAUGGAAGUGGACAGUUUGUUGGCUUGGCUGAGAUGGUUGGUCAACUAGACUUUAAUAAAGACAUGGAUUUUUGGAAAAUUGACAAGUGGAACGGUUUCUUCCCAGUUAAGUGGCAUGUAAUAAAAGACAUUCCUAAUGGUCAGCUGCGGCAUAUUGUGCUUGAAAAUAAUGAUGGGCAUUCUGUAACUUUCAGCCGGGACACUCAAGAGAUUGAACUCAAGCAAGGUUUGGAAAUGCUUAAUAUUUUCAAGAGUUAUUCUGCAAAAACAUCUCUGUUAGAUGACUUCAACUUCUAUGAAAAUCGAGAGAAGUCUCUUAAUACCAAAAAGAGCAACAAGCCUGCGACUCUGCGAAUGGAAAUAUUUGAGAACAGUGAUUUUCCUAAACAUUCAACAGCCGAAGACGAUAUAUAUGAAGAUGAUUCAAGGAUGAAGAAAACUACUAAUCCCUCAUCUCUGAUCAAUUUAACUAAAAAUCUCUCACUCGAUGGUCACAACCAGAAGAGUAACUCUGUAAAGAAGCCGAUUGGAAUUUCAGCGCCUCCUGUUCCUGCACCAUAG